AUGGUUUGUUGCCUGUGUCGAAACGGUGGACAGAUUCUUAUUGUCGUUUUAUUUCAUAUCUGUAACCUGCAGCCUGGUCCAAGGGAUGCCCCAAUUAAAUGUUUCAUUAGGAGGAACCGGGUGACUCAGUCAUAUUCUCUGUGCGUUGGAGUCACUGAUGCGUUAGCUGAUGAUGGGAAAUUUCUACUUGCUGCACGCAGAAGUCAUAGGCCCAGGCCCGCAGGCACUGAAUACCUGAUCUCGCUUGAUGCAAAGAAUACAUCAAAAGGUACCUACAUUGGCAAGCUAAGAUCAAACUUCUUGGGAACAAAAUUUACUGUCUAUGAUGCCCAUCCACCUUGUGCCGGAGCUGUGGUUUCAAAGGGAAAUCAGGUAAAUGAAGUCCAUCGACAAUUUGUCAUCGCACUGCAGGAGCUAUUCGAGGAAAACAAAGCUAAAGCAGGAUACCCUGGCCUCCAUCUGCAAAUCAUGUGA